CCGGCCGAAGGAGCAUCGACUGGACAAAUCAGGGGCGGAUAAACCUACCUUCGCCCUCGAUUUCCCCCUCAGCAAAACUGUCAACUUGUUGAAUCCGCAAUAAAGAAGCGUGGGGAGCGGAGGGAAAUGUGCAGGAUUGUGAGACAUCGCACGUUUUACAGCCGCUGUCGCCUUUCGCUCGCUCUCUUGUGUGAAAGUUUCUUUCGUGGAUUUUAAAAGGAAGCUGAUAUUUAUUGAGGAUUUCUCGCCGCUUAUUUUGCGGAUUACAAUGCCUACCAAACAAGGAUCUGUGAUGGACCUGCACCUGGAGUGCGUGAAAAUUAAAGCGCAUUACAAUCGGAACAUACUGAUCUCUGAUCUGGACGCUGCCAUGACGUACCAGGAACUGUGCGAGGAGGUCAGGGAGAUGUGCAGCCUGCACGCUGAGCAGCCCAUCACCCUCAAGUGGAUCGAUGAUGAAGGAGAUCCCUGCACCAUCUCCUCUCAGAUGGAGCUGGAGGAAGCCUUUCGUCUCUACGGCCGCAACCGCAACUCAGGUCUCCUCCUCCAUGUCUUUCCCGGCAUUCCUGAGAAGCCUGGUAUGCCUUGUCCAGGAGAGGACAAAUCGAUCUACCGCCGCGGCGCCCGAAGAUGGAGGAAGCUCUACCGAGUGAAUGGGCACCUAUUCCAGGCCAAGCGCUUUAACAGGAAAGCUUACUGCGGCCACUGCAGUGAGAGGAUAUGGGGACUCGGAAGGCAGGGCUACAAGUGUAUCAACUGCAAGCUACUGGUCCAUAAGCGCUGCCACAAGCUCGUCCCUCCCACCUGCCAAAGGCCUAUGGAUCCAGCCAUGCCAUCCCAGGAGCCCCCAGCAGACGACAGGAACGACGAGGUGGACAUCCCACCUGAAGACACGGACGAAAUUCCCUUCCCAGCGCACAAUCGCACAGUGGAGAAAUCUGAGGAUGAAUCAGAGGACAUGAAGACAGUGGUGGACGGCUUGGACAGCAUAAAGAUCUCCCAGGGCCUGGGACUAGGCGAUUUCGACCUGAUCCGGGUCAUCGGCCGGGGCAGCUACGCCAAGGUGCUCCUGGUUCGGCUCAAGAAGAAUGACCAGAUUUAUGCCAUGAAAGUGGUGAAGAAGGAACUGGUGCAUGAUGAUGAGGACAUUGACUGGGUGCAGACAGAGAAGCACGUGUUCGAACAGGCGUCCAGCAACCCCUUUCUGGUUGGCCUUCACUCCUGCUUCCAGACCGACAGUCGGUUGUUCCUGGUGAUCGAAUACGUCAACGGUGGCGACCUGAUGUUCCACAUGCAACGGCAGCGGAAGCUUCCGGAAGAACAUGCCCGAUUUUAUGCAGCUGAGAUAUGUAUUGCUCUGAACUUUCUCCACGAGAGGGGUAUAAUCUACAGAGACCUUAAACUGGACAACGUUCUCUUGGACCAUGAGGGGCAUAUCAAACUGACAGACUACGGCAUGUGCAAGGAAGGAAUCAGACCCGGAGACACCACCAGUACCUUCUGUGGAACACCUAACUACAUCGCCCCGGAGAUCCUGCGUGGGGAAGACUACGGGUUCAGCGUGGACUGGUGGGCACUGGGUGUCCUCAUGUUUGAGAUGAUGGCCGGGCGGUCCCCGUUUGACAUCAUCACAGACAAUCCAGACAUGAACACAGAGGAGUACCUUUUCCAAGUUAUUCUUGAAAAGCCCAUUCGCAUUCCAAGGUCUCUGUCGGUGAAGGCAGCUAGUGUUCUGAAGGGCUUCUUGAACAAGGACCCCAAGGAGCGGCUGGGCUGCCAGGUCCAGACGGGCUUCAUGGACAUCAAGUCGCACACGUUUUUCCGCAGCAUAGACUGGGACCAGCUGGAGAAGAAACAGGUGACCCCUCCCUUCAAGCCGCAGAUCACGGACGACUACGGCCUAGAUAACUUCGACACUCAGUUUACCAACGAGCCUGUUCAGCUAACUCCUGACGAUGAGGACGUCAUUAAGAGAAUAGACCAGUCCGAAUUUGAAGGAUUCGAAUACAUUAAUCCCAUGUUGCUGAUGACGGAGGAGUCGGUAUGAAGGAAAAACAGACAGUCUGCACACCUGUGAUCGUCCUGGAAGGGAAGAAAAAAACCAUCUCACUGACUUCUGGAAGUGGGGGGGGGGGGGGGGUGGGGGUCGCAGUGUACGCAGCUUCUCUCUUGCAUGCAAGGUCAAGGAACCCCUGUGCAAGACUAUUUUUUUUUUGCAAUGGAAACAAACAUUAUCUUGGGGGAAUUGGGUGAACUGCAAAGGAGACAAGAAAGGAAAGAAAAUGUACAAAAUUACAUGAAAAAAAUUCCCCCAAGGUCAGUAAGUGGUAGUCUUCCUCAAACCACUCUCCAUUUUUAUUUUUAACCCUUGUGUUGGGGGGGGGGGGGGGGGUGGCUGCAGCGCUACUGGCUUUAUACCUGAGGAAAAAAAGCUUGCUUAUUCUGUGCCUGCAUCCACAAAGAAUUUUCUAGUACAUCUGUCAUCCCUGGGUAAAUAUGACAGUCCUGAUCCAGAACUUGAAUUAUUGUGCACUUUUUUCCCUGUCGAUUUCAUUUCUCAAAGACACUGGUCAUCUUGAAGGAGGUCAGGCCUCUGAAACAAGAAUGUACAACGAUGAAGGAAAAAUUAUAAUAAACUUGUAUUAUUCUGUAGGUAGCAAACACAAAUCGAUGCCUUUUAUUGAUGAAGAAAUGGCAUGUUUUUAUUUCUAACCAUUUGUUUUGUUUUUUUUCCUCCGCUAAUCGCUAAUUCAUCUACAAAGGAGUUGCAUUUUACUGGCAAGUUAUUUUUUCCAAGAGAAACUGGAGAUGAAAUGAUUUCUUAAGAAGUGCCUCAAUGAUCCAGUAUAUAUUUUCCACCGUAUUCCAGAUUGCACUUGAAACAAUCACUGGGUUAAAUUGUAGCUACUUUUUAGAACAGUUUGCCCUCCCCACAGCCCUGCAUUUGUUUUUGAGCCCUGGGGGGGCGAAUGGCGUGCCGAUCGUCAGCAGCCUCCGCUGUUUUCCUGUCUCCACUGGAAUCUAUGUUGGUUGGAAAUCGCACACUGCUAGUAUCUCGCCAGCCAAUCAGAGUACAGCUGUGAUUUAAGGCCCAUGACGUUUUACAUUUAGAAGUAUUGCUAAGGGUGUCAUCCAUAUUGAACUGGGACUAUGAUGUGUGUUAGACACGGAUGUUGAUGUAAUAAUGAAGAUGAGGAUGGCAAUGUAAAAAUGUGUAGCUAUGUUGUUUUUGUGGGGUGUAUCUAAAUUAUUUGAUGCAUUAUGUUUGGUAAAUGUCCAACUCCUUUGUAUAACCAUGUAUGAUUUGUGAUGACUUGAGGGGGGACUCACUGCAUUUGCGUUUGCUUGUUUGUUUUGUAACUGCUGUUCUGAUUUGCGAUUCGCAUUCACUUACGCCACUACCGUUUGAGAGCAGCAUGACUUUGAGGCAAUGGGCCCCCAUUUUUCCCUUCCUGUAUAACUCCUGACAUCGCCCCAGGAGAAAGAGCACUUCCACACCACCAAUGCCCUGAGCACUGAGAACCCCCCCCCCACUACCAAUGCCCUGAGCACUGAGAACCCCCCUCACCACCACCACCACCAAUGCCCUGAGCACUGAGAACCCCCCCCCCCCCAAAUGCGGGACAGGCAGCCACCAGGUCAUAUCACCUCAGCACCCAAACCCAGGUCCCGUAAUGCAUAACAACACCCUGCCCCCCCCAAUUCCAUCCGAACACUUGAAAAUGAACAAAAUGAACUUGCAAUUUAAAGUUAAGUUUGGAGUUUACAUAGCCCCCCCCUUCCCGAAGGAGAAAAUCUUCAAUGCAAAUUAUUUGAUUAAAUCUGCCCUAUAUUAAUAUGAUAAUACUAUAAUAGGAUUAAUUAGAUCCGUCCCCACUCAUUUAGCCAAUGGGGCUUGGUCGUUCGAGAACGACAAAGGCAACCGCAGCAGAUAGUGCAGCUGGCAGAGAUUACAGGGCCGAGCUUUAAUCGCUUUGAUUACAUGCCUUCCAAAACACAUGAUCUCUGCAUAGAGGGCUAAUCACCAGCAAUACAUAUGCGGGUGGUUCCCUGUUUAAGCAAUCCUGUAACUUUGGGAGCUCAUUUUUAACAGGCUGCUGUGAUAUCACACAACUUUUCUACAGUGAUACUUGACAGCAGAGAGAAAACCUGCUGAAACUGGAUUGCUGUUGUUCCUUUGAAUUUAGGAUACACCUUUAUACUUUACAGUUCCUUUGGAGAUCAAAGGCAAGUUACGUGAUGUAUAAAAUGGUAAGGAUUUAGAUUAAGUCUGACACAAAGAGCAUUCAGGACACAGUCAUAGGUAUUACAUAAUGAACAUGACUGUAAUGCAUUUUAAAGGAUUGUUUGACUUGCUCGUCAAACAGAUCACUUUUACAAUGCUCUGUAUGGCUAAUGUGCUAAUGACUGGUAUGAAUGUGCCGUUGAGAUAAUUGAACCUGCUUCAAAUAUGUGGACAUAUUCGCAGCAAGACAGAUAGCUGUGACACUGCUGGAGGCAUCGGUGUAAAUAUUUACAGCUCUGACCAGAAGUCUAUCCUGGGUUCUCCUGUCAGACUGAAGGAAGCCUCUUAGUGCUGUGAGCCGCAUAGUUUCACACUCCAGAUACGAGGCCCUCUGUGGCCCCCAGGCACAUCUCUGCAAUAAGUGGAACCCCCCAGUAUCUUGGAUCGGCACCUGACUUAAGAGAACGUAGUUUUUAAAGUGGCGAAGAUGCGUGUUUUUGCCAAAUACUGCAACUCUUGUUCUCUGCAUUUUUUUGUGUUUAAAGUCCAAAGCAAAGUAUGUUCUAUCAGUGUGCUACAGGGAAAAAAUUUUAUAUUUGAAGCAUUUGUUUUAUAAAUAUGUAAAGAGAAAAAUCAAUCUUCAACGGGACAGCACUGGGUGUUGGACACGGCAUCGUUUGGUCUUACAAGAUUAGUCUUAAACAUCCUAGGUAACACUUGUAAAGCGGUAAACGUUCAUUGUAAUUAAUUUGUUUUUUUGGGUGUGAGUUGUAUUUUUCUUGCCUCUGAGUUAGUUAAGCAAAAUUUUAACUGUAAAGACAAAUAAACUAAUACAGAGGAUAAUCAUCUUGCACAUUAGAAAUUAAAACUGAAAAUUGUGUUAAUAUCGAA